AUGGCGGCGGCGCGGCUGGCCGCAUCCCUGCUGCUACUCGCGGCCCAGGUGAGCGCCACGGCGGGUCGGCUCGGCUCGGCCCGGCCACUCCUGAGUGUGGCCGUGACCUUGCGGUUCACUUGCUCUCUCCACCGCAGACUUCCGGCCGGGUUUAGCCCGCCCUGCGCCCCAGGGCCCCAACCGCCGCCGCCGCCGCCCCUGCCAGCCUCAGUUUCCCUUUCUGCAGAAUGGAGCGAGUCUCCGGGUUCCAUCCCUGGGGCGUCCAGCGCGGCCCCCGAGGUGUUUGCAGCCCUGCUCCUCGGCUUCUGCUCUGUGACCUUGGGCGGAAGGGGGUCCCCAUCUCAGGGUCGAUGCAAAACGGUGGGGGCGGCCUGUGAGUUCGGUAUACUGCGAGUUGUGCCCCGAAGCGGUGGGACGCGGGGCAGGGACUACUGCAUCCUUUACAACCCACAGUGGGCCCACUUGCCUCAUGACCUCAACAAAGUGCCCCCUCCGCAGUCUCUCCUGAAGCUUCGAGACUUGAGCACGACCCAGCUCUGUUCCUACCUUGAUGUUCCUGUAGAAGACUUCACCAACCAAAUCGCACUGGUGGCUCGGGGCAACUGUACCUUCUAUGAGAAAGUGCGGCUGGCCCAGGGCAGUGGGGCACAUGGGCUGCUGAUAGUCAGCAAGGAGAGACUGGUCCCUCCAAGAGGCAACAAGACACAGUAUGAGGAGAUAAGCAUCCCUGUGGCCCUGCUAAGCCACAGGGACCUUCAAGACAUCUUCAGGCGCUUUGGCCACCAGGUAAUGGUAGCCCUGUAUGCUCCGAGCGAGCCGGUGAUGGACUACAACAUGGUCAUCAUCUUCAUCAUGGCCGUGGGCACCGUCGCCCUUGGUGGCUACUGGGCUGGCAGUCAUGAUGUGAAGAAGUACAUGAAGCAUAAGCGAGACGACGUCCCUGAGAAGCAGGAGGAUGAGGCGGUGGACGUGACGCCGGUCAUGAUCUGCGUGUUUGUCGUCAUGUGCUGCUUCAUGCUUGUGCUCCUCUACUACUUCUAUGACCGCUUGGUCUACGUGAUCAUUGGGAUCUUCUGCCUGGCCUCCUCUACAGGCCUCUACAGCUGCCUGGCACCCUGUGUGCGCAAGCUGCCCUUCUGCACGUGCAGGGUCCCCGACAACAACCUGCCGUACUUCCACAAGCGUCCACAGGCCCGCAUGCUGCUGCUGGCCCUCUUCUGUGUCACUGUCUCCGUGGUGUGGGGUGUCUUCCGUAAUGAGGACCAGUGGGCAUGGGUCCUGCAGGACACCUUGGGCAUUGCCUUCUGCCUGUACAUGCUGAGGACCAUCCGCCUGCCCACCUUCAAGGCCUGCACACUGCUGCUGCUGGUGCUCUUCGUCUACGACAUCUUCUUCGUCUUCAUCACCCCCUACCUGACCAAGAGCGGCAACAGCAUCAUGGUGGAGGUGGCCACUGGGCCCUCGAACUCAUCCACCCAUGAGAAGCUGCCCAUGGUGCUGAAGGUGCCCAGGCUGAACACCUCGCCUCUCUCCCUGUGUGACCGGCCCUUCUCCCUUCUGGGCUUUGGAGACAUCUUGGUGCCAGGGCUGCUGGUGGCCUACUGCCACAGGUUUGAUAUCCAGGUGCAGUCCUCCAGGAUUUACUUUGUGGCCUGCACCAUUGCCUAUGGCCUGGGCCUCCUGGUGACCUUCGUGGCUCUCGUCCUCAUGCGACAUGGCCAGCCUGCACUCCUCUACCUGGUCCCCUGCACACUGCUGACCAGCUGCACCGUGGCUCUGUGGCGCCGGGAGCUGGGCGCCUUCUGGACGGGCAGCGGUUUUGCGAAGGAUGCACCUCAGUCCCCGUGGGCUGCACCCCAGGGACCUGUGCCUCCAAAGGAUGUGGAUGCCACUCUCUCGGAGCAGCCUCGGGGUGAAGAGCUGGCCAAGAGCCCCCUGGCCACUGAGGAGGCAGCCCUGCCUGAGGAGGCAGGAGCCACAGACCCUGCCAAGGAUCCUGCCAGCCCUGUGGCCGGUCCCCUCAGCCCCUCAAAUGGGGACCAAGUCCAGCCUAUACCUGUGGUGACGCCAGGGACCUCGGCCUAGGAAGAGGAGAUGCGAGAGCUGGGCCCUCGCAGCCUUCCAUGCCACACAGAUGCCGGCCACCUGGGACCUGCAGGGGACAGGGACAGCUGCCACCCACCAGAGUGACAGACCUGCGCUAUGUCCCUCCAACAUGGUGCUCAGCCCUCUGAGGCCUCAAGUCCGUACUCCCUCCAGCUGCACCCCAGCGACCAGCUCUGCUUCGCACCGGGCCGUGAGCUUCGCCUGCUGCCCACUCCAUGCAAGGCCAUGGCUGCCGUUGGUGCUUUGCUGAUGCUCGCCCUGCGGGUGACCCAUGACCGCUCCUCCCUCCAUAGGAUGGGGCUCUCUGGGGCCAGAGCAACAACCCCAUGGAGCAGGCUCCUGUGCUGGGAGCAGCCUUGAGGGGCCUAGAUAGGGGCACCCUGCCCAAGGGCCUGGGCUUAUGCAAGGGGACCAGACCUGACCCUUGAGGAGAGUCCACGCCAAGAUGGAGUUGAGGUUGCUGGUCACUGCUCCAAACAGCUGGAGCAAACAGCUCCAGCUCCAGGUUCUGCAGCAGAGUAGGAGUUGGCCAGGUGUAGAUGGCCACGUCCCCAGCAAAUCGAUCAGCCCAGGUGUGUGAGUCUUCCAUGCAGGGGCCACUGCCCUCUGCCCCAGCAGUGGCUUCUGGACUGGUGUCUGUCCUCUACCUCACCAACCAGGCUCUGGACUCCACGACAGACCUGCCUGCAGGAGCCCUCCACAUAUGCUGCAUGUCACUGAGGCCGAAGCCAAGGUCCCCACAGGCUGUGACGGAUGGGGAGCCAUGGCCACCCACACUUGCAUGGAAAAGGGUGUCUGUUACAGGCUGACAGGCAGUGACAGCUGGGUGGUCCCCCUAGAGCUCUGGGGGUGGUAGGGGAGGACUCCCUAGGCACCCAGUCUAACCAGAACUGAGGGGCAGAGGAGUGCAGGCCCAGCCACCUGCUUCUGCCACUGGACUGAGCCAUUUUGUACUGGGUGUCCAAGCAGUCCUGCUCCUCUGAGUGGUGGAGGUGCUCUGCGGGGUGCCCGAGGGCCCUGGCUUUAGGUUGUCAGGGGAUUAAAUACCUUUUCAUACUCACA